CUUCCUCCGCGUCCUCCUUGACGGCUGGAGGGGAAGGCGGAGGCGUUCGGCCAUGGAGCGCUACGAGAAGGCCGCCCUGAACGCGCUUUCGCCCCCCGAGCCCCGAAGUGAAAGUUCAUUAGCCUCAACGCUAAGGACACUUCUGUUCUUCACAGCUUUAAUGAUUAUGUUACCUAUUGGAUUGUAUUUCUCAACAAAGGCGUAUUUAUUUGAAGGUACCUUUGGAAUGUCCAACAGAGACAGCUACUUUUACGCCGCAAUAGUUGCUGUGGUUGCUGUUCAUAUCGUGCUUGCUCUUUUUGUGUACGUAGCAUGGAAUGAAGGUUCCCGGCAAUGGCGGGAAGGCAAGCAGGACUAAGAGGUCUGAAUUGCUGCCUGACAGAGAGAGGAAGAUUUGUGGGUAUAGUGCGACCUCAAAGACUGUAAAUUUAAGAAGUCUCUGUUUGAAUUGGAUGAUUUUGGAAUGGACUUCUUCUCAUUCCCAGUAACUGCUUUUGUUUGUUUUGUUUUGUUUGAAUGAAUCUGCGAUUUCAUGAGUCCCAGAAUUUAGCAGAGUUGGGAAAAUCAGGAAGAGGAGCAGUUGAGUUCCCAGCCAGAAAUGUUGAUAACCUUUCUAGACCAAACACUGACUUUUGGCACUGUAAGUAACCUGCCAGUAACGACUUUGGAAUCCACGUCUAGAUAAUGCUUACGUUAUAACGUCAAGGUAAUUUGUGAGCUUCCAGUAUCAGUGAAGCAGAUUGGAUUCCUACGUCCUCUGGAGGGGGAUCAGUUUUUGGGUUUGAGCUGACAUUGGACUGUUGGUCUUACAGCUAAGAAACCCAGCUGUUUCUGGAACUGAUGUUUAUUUUGUUGGAUGACAAAGCAAUGAUGCCAAGUUCAUCCGGACUGUUACUCUGUGUGGUACCUUUUCCCCUAAGGUAUUUUUUCCCAGCUAGAUACCGAGUUGGUCAAAUGCCAUGAUUUUGAAUGCAGUUGUUCUGUUAUUCCCUCUUAAGGAGUGAUUUCCCUUAAGGGGAGACCUUAUCGCUAAACGGAUGAAGAUGUGAUACAUUUACGACCAAUUUCAGAGCCUUAUAAUGUUGAUUUGGCAAUCUAAAAAUGUCUCCACGUUAAAAUGUAGAGUUUGUAUUAUCACAUGUUUCUUGGUUGACCAGUUGCUGCUUUCAGCAACUUUCUCUUGGUACCCUGUUAACCUGCCGCCUUGUCUAAUGUCUUGCAAAGGAAAGCCUCCACUGUUCAGUCUUCAGUAAUGUUAGUCCUCUUCUCUCUUACUGCUGCUGAAAAUUACAGGCAUCAUGUGUUUGAAUGACUUUGAAAUCGGAAUUCAUCCUGAACUUCCUGUUGCCAGUUUUGUGGGGGAGGGGGGAAUUCUCUUGUAAUACGUUGUACAUUAUUUGUUGUGAAAUAAUGAAAAUCCCCCCUCCCCUUUCAUUGGUGAGAUGGGUAGGUAUCCAACUGGUGCUGCUGCAAAGGUGCCUCUCACAUGACUGGCUUUUGUACAGGAUUCUCUUAACAAGUAAUGACUGGUUUCAACAAACUGGUGGAAUGAAGUUUUCACAGAUGUUGAUCAGGAGCAAUGUUUUCUUCAAAACUAAAUUAUUUCCCCUAAAUCUUGAUUAUGUUGCAUUUCUAGAGUCCCUCAUGUUCUUUGCAAAUUAUUGUUGGGACUCAAAAUGGCUCAUUGAGGGUCUCCCACAGAGAGGAACCUCUCUCCUGUUGCGAUUAAACACUGGAAAUAUUUCGAGUCUGAACGUGGUGAUGAUUUAUUAUUAGUCAAAGGUGCUGCAAACAAGAUUUGCAUUUUGUCAAAGAAGGCACCGAAGCUUGUGUGGCUGGUGCUUGUGCUGCAGUACUGAGGAAUGAUCUCAUGGCCAUUUUGAAUUCCAAUUUUUUUUGUACUGUACUGCUGAUCAUUUUUUUUCUCUCAUAGAUUAAAUUUAUGUUGUAUUACAAAUGCUGCGUUUUCAAUAAAAUACAGUCAUAGAGUAUAGAUUCACUGCUGGGCCCAAAGAAUUGAAAAGUGUUCAUGUAGUAGUUUCUGGAUCACCCCUUGCUAGCCGAUGUGUUGUAAAUAUUGCACUGUCAGCGUUUCUCGGAUGUUGAUUGCUUCCUUGUACGUUGGCUGUCAUGGAUUUGUAUUGUAGGAUGUAUCUGUGGUAUCUGCCUGCACUGAACUCCAACCAAGAAUAUGAUUGGGUUUCACACAUUGCACUAAGUGAUUGUUUUUCGACACAGCACGUUGUGUGAGACCCAGUCAUUGGGGUAUGGAAACUCUGAUUUAUGGUUUCAUAUUUUGUGCAAACCCAGUUAGCUGUGAUUUAUACAAUAAACUGCGUAAAUCAUGUGUGA